AUGGGGAAAGGAGGCGACAUAGCAGCAACGGCGCCUUCGUCGGGAUUGGUGGCGACGGCGGCGGCGAGCGAGCGGGAGGAUGGCGGCGGCGAGAGAGUAGGAGGGUGGUGGCGGCAGUCCAUCGACCGUCGUGACGUGAGAGGAGGAUGGGGAUGGGGCCGCGAUCUGGACUCCCGCAUCCGGCAUCUCCCAUUUCUCCUCCGGCACCUGCCCCGACUCCGCGGACGCCGUCCGCUGCCUACAACGUCUCCGGCGAGCUCCCCUGCCCCGCCAAGCAAGGAUGACUACUUAAGGCGUCUUGCUGACAGGAAGAGUGCGAAGUUUCAGAAGAACAUCACAAAGAGGGGCUCAGUGCCUGAAACUACUGUGAAGAAGGGGAAUGACUAUCCUGUUGGACCUAUCGUGCUUGGAUUCUUCAUCUUUGUGGUCAUAGGAUCAUCCUUGUUUCAGAUUAUCAGGACGGCUACUAGUGGUGGGAUGGCUUAAUAUCGAGCUAAAAACAAGACUAUCAUGAUCAGAGAUUUAUUAUCCAUGUGUUUGGGAGGCAAUAUCAUAUGUACCCUGUAGCAAACUUGCCCCUGAUGAUGUUAUGUAGAGAUUUAAAUCUUGUGCAGUCGUGUUUACCUCCUGUUACUAAGAACCUAGUCUAAACUAGAAACAAAAUGGUGCAAGUUGAAACUUUAAAAUUAUAUAAAACUUCAAAUAUGCAAGUUAAUAUUUUUUUUC